UCUUUCCAUUCAGCACGACAAUUUGAACACGAUGACAUCUCCAAAGUUUCUCUUCUAUCUGACGUGUUUGUUCUUUGGAAAAGUUGCUCAGACAACUGAUCCAAAACUCUCCUCAUCUCUCCAUCAAGAGAGGGGUUUAGUAUCAGCUAAAACUGGGGAUAACUUCACUUUGAGAUGUUUCUAUAAAGGCGAUGUUGCUUCAAGGUUUUACUGGUAUAAGCAAACUCUGGGACAGAAACCACGGCUCAUCUCUACUUAUUACAAGUAUGAAAAAAAUGGAACAUUUCAUGAUGAAUUCAAAAACAAUCCACGCUUCACAUUGGAUACUGAAACAGGUAAAUAUCACUUGAAGAUCACAGAUGUGCGCGUUUCAGACUCAGCUACCUACUACUGUGCAAGUUAUACAUUAUCAAUUGAAUUUGCGGAGGGAACCUUAGUCGAUGUAGAAGGUUCAGGUUUGAAGAUCCCAGCUACGGUCCAUCAGUCAGCAUCUGAGAGCAUCCAGCCAGGAGGCUCUGUGACUCUGGACUGUAUAGUACACACUGGGACCUGUGAUGGAGAACACACCAGUGUUUACUGGUUCAAGAAGUCGGGAGAAUCUCAGCCAGCACUCAUUUACACCCAUGGAGGAAGGAAUGAUCAGUGUGAGAGGAAAAACAACACACAAACACACAUCUGUGUCUACAAGCUGCCGAUGAAGAGUCUGAAUCUUUCUCAUACUGGAACCUACUACUGUGCUGUUGCCUCAUGUGGACACAUUCUGUUUGGAAACAGGACCAAGCUGGAGUUAGAAGAUGAGGUGUACUCUCCUGUCUUGGUGUAUUUCUUGAGUGGUGCUUUGGCAUUCACCACCAUCCUGAGUGUUUUACUGGCUUUCUUUCUGUACAUUAUGAACAAGAGAAACAGCUGCCAAUGUACAGGGUCUCACGCAAGCGUUUCCUCGUCCUCACCAACAAAUGCAGAGGGAUACAAAAAUGAGGAAAAUCUCCAUUACGCUGCUUUGAGGGUAAACAAGGCAAGCAGAUCGAGAAGACAGAGGGACGACACCGAGGAUGAAUGUGUGUACUCCGGUGUGAAACAAUAA